CCAGGCAUCCAGAAGUCUCCUCCAGAAAGUACGAGUUAGGAACCAGCACCUAGCGUAACUUCUGCUUUUGCUCGUGUGUGCUCGUUACACGCAUUUUUUACUACAGCUUCAAAACAACGUUCUCCACGCAAUCCACUCGCGUGUACUACCAUCAGCCGAUACUUGCGCAGCGUCAAACCUGCCUCCGCAAGAGCUGCCCCGCACCCUCACAAAUUUUUCCUACUGCCGAACAGCAUCAGCAACUGGCUGCACAUCUCAAACCGCUUCGGCGCAAUGGCAACCGAGGGGCGGCACCGCCCGCCGCCGCGGCCACUCCUCCGUCCCCCUCCCAGAACUGAGCCCAUAAACACGUAGAUGCCGGGGGGUAUAGGGUGCGCUGUCACGCAGACGCUGCAACGGUGCGUGCGCGUGGGCGGAGUAGCUCUGGGGUUCAGUUAGGCUGGGUGCGGGUGCUGGAGCAGUUCGUUGCAGGAGAUGGCUGACAAGAAGAAAAUCACUGCAACCCUUAUCUAUGCUGUUACUGUUGCUGCCAUUGGAUCUCUCCAGUUUGGAUACAACACUGGUGUCAUUAAUGCUCCUGAAAAGAUCAUCCAAGCCUUCUUCAACAGAACUCUAUCUCAGCGGAGUGGGGAGGCUAUCUCCCCAGAGCUUCUUACCUCACUAUGGUCCCUUUCUGUGGCAAUCUUCUCAGUAGGAGGUAUGAUUGGCUCCUUCUCAGUCAGCCUUUUCGUCAAUCGAUUUGGCAGGAGAAACUCCAUGCUGCUGGUGAACAUCUUGGCUUUUGUUGGGGGUGCUCUCAUGGCCUUAUCCAAGAUUGCAAAGGCAGUGGAGAUGCUGAUAAUUGGGCGCUUCAUUAUUGGCCUUUUCUGUGGUCUGUGCACUGGCUUUGUUCCCAUGUACAUCAGUGAGGUCUCACCCACCAGCCUUCGUGGAGCCUUUGGAACCCUCAACCAGCUGGGCAUAGUCAUAGGCAUCCUGGUGGCCCAGAUUUUUGGCCUCAAGGAGAUAAUGGGGACUGAAACACUGUGGCCAUUGCUGUUGGGGUUCACGAUUCUCCCAGCAGUUCUGCAGUGUGUGGCUCUUCUUUUCUGCCCUGAGAGCCCCCGUUUCCUGUUGAUCAACAAGAUGGAGGAAGAGAAAGCACAAACAGUUCUCCAGAAGCUCCGUGGGACACAAGAUGUAUCUCAAGACAUCUUGGAGAUGAAAGAAGAGAGUGCUAAAAUGUCUCAGGAAAAGAAAGCAACUGUACCAGAGCUCUUCCGCUCUCCAAACUAUCGUCAAGCCAUUAUCAUUUCCAUCAUGCUACAACUCUCUCAGCAGCUCUCAGGCAUCAAUGCUGUAUUCUAUUAUUCUACAGGGAUUUUUGAAAGAGCUGGUAUCACAGAGCCUGUGUAUGCUACCAUUGGAGCUGGUGUGGUAAACACAGUCUUCACUGUUGUAUCCCUGUUCCUGGUAGAGCGUGCAGGGCGCAGGACCCUCCAUUUAGUUGGAUUGGGUGGCAUGGCUGUGUGUGCUGCUGUUAUGACUAUUGCUUUGGCUCUGAAGGAUGCUGUGGAUUGGAUCAGAUAUAUCAGCAUUGUUGCCACUUUUGGCUUUGUGGCCCUUUUUGAGAUUGGCCCUGGACCUAUCCCUUGGUUCAUUGUGGCAGAACUUUUCAGUCAAGGCCCACGGCCUGCAGCCAUGGCAGUGGCUGGUUGUUCUAACUGGACCUCUAAUUUCUUAGUGGGAAUGCUAUUCCCCUAUGCUGAGAAAUUAUGUGGCCCCUAUGUCUUCCUUAUCUUCCUUGUUUUCCUGCUCAUCUUCUUCAUCUUCACAUACUUCAAAGUGCCAGAGACCAAGGGCAGGACUUUUGAAGACAUCUCCAGGGGUUUUGAAGGACAAGCAGAAACAUGCUCUCCAUCCUCGCCACCUAUAGAGAAGAAUCCCAUGGUGGAGAUGAACAGCAUAGAACCUGACAAAGAAGAUGCCUAAAAUUCAUGACACACCCUUUUUUUGACUCUUACAUAUUCAUAGAGUCAUUAAAGAAAUAAGCAAAGAAAU